CCGAUAUUUUCCAUUUUAUCCGAAGGUGUCACAGUUGCUUAUGCUUACAUGCGCAUUAUUGAAUUGGAUUUGGGCCUCCUUUCCUCGCACAGGACAACACCUCGCCGCCUUCACCUUUCCACCUCCUUCUCUUUCUCAACACUCGCUUCCCACUUUCCCCUCUAAUUACAAAACCAAACAGACCAUUAUGGCCGUACACAGGAUCGAACGAGCGGAUCUAUGGAAGAGUAAGGCCCGCAUAUUGCAGCUCCGCCUCAGAGACCGGUUCCGGGUAGCGGUUGACCGUCAUCGCCGACGACCUCCGAUAUAUUUGGAUGAUGAUUAUUUCUUGUCGAAGGUCCAACGGUGGAUCACUCGCUUCCGCGACUUUCGCGAAGGCUCUCUCCACUCUCGUUCAGCUUUUUAUCGCAAAAGAGUCAGUAGAGAAUUCAAUGCUGAAGAAGAAUCAGUUAUUAUUCGCAUGCUUCAAUCUGUUGCAGUUCCUCUCAUUGGAAAUAUGUGUUAUGUUUUCAUGAAUGGCCUUAAUCGUGUUCAGGUCUAUGGGCUAGAGAAAUUACACGACGCGUUGCUUCAUAGGCCAAGAAAUAAGCCUCUUUUGACGGUGAGCAAUCAUGUUGCUUCUGUGGACGAUCCAUUUGUCAUUGCUUCAUUGCUUCCUCCAGGAGUACUUAUGGAUGCUCAGAACUUAAGAUGGACACUUUGUGCUACUGACCGUUGUUUUCGCAAUCCUGUGACUUCUGCAUUUUUCCGAUCUGUUAAAGUAUUGCCUGUUUCUCGUGGUGAUGGAAUUUAUCAGAAGGGUAUGGAUAUGGCUAUUGCAAAGCUCAAUAGUGGUGGAUGGGUUCAUAUCUUUCCAGAAGGCAGUCGUUCUCGUGAUGGUGGAAAAACUAUGGGGUCUUCAAAGAGAGGGGUUGGAAGGUUGAUCCUUGAUGCUGAUACUGUCCCUAUGGUCAUCCCAUUUGUACACACGGGGAUGCAGGAAAUCAUGCCUAUAGGAGCCAAAUUCCCAAGGAUUGGUAAGACGGUUACAGUGCUUGUUGGCGAUCCCAUUAUUUUCGAUGACUUGUUUAACGCUGAAGAAAGAGAACAAGUAUCAAGAGGGAAACUAUAUGAUGCUGUAGCUUCAAGAAUUGGUAGUCAACUACUCGAACUUAAAGUUCAAGUUGAAAACUUAGCAUUUCAACAGUCCAUCAAGCAUCAACAUCCUAGUGCCACAGAGAGAGCAGCUGAUAUCCUACAUCAGGUUGAUUGGGAUUCAUUUGGUAUGGGAAGCCAUGUAAUUCGUAAAGAUGAUACUUCAGACUCUGAAAUCCUGCCAAAGCCAAACUUUACCUCUCACCAGGAGCCCAUUUCUUCUGAUGGGUAUUUCAGAACGAGAUCCUCCCCUGAAGUUGGAAUCAUUUCAAGGAUGCAUAGUUUUAUGGACUCGACUGAACUACUUAGUUUCGCUGCCAAGGGUUUAUUUAUGAACCUUAGGAGAAAGGAAAAUAGAUCUAGCUUUGGGGAUGUAAGCCCAGUGAGGGCAUGGAGACAUUAUUUGUUAGCUAAUUUGCUACAACAGAAUACCUGCUAACCAAAGUACCUGGAUAGGGGAUUGUUAUAGUUGAAAAUUUUGAUGUCGUAAAUAAAAGAAAUUUUUUGAUCUGA